AACCCGGGCUCUGCUCUCGCUUAACUUUGCAGCCUGAGUAACGCUCACACCCGGGGGGACCCCGUCCCUGCUGCCAGCGUGGACUGAUGUCGCUUUACAGAGGGGGCUGACGUGGGACCUGGCCGGGCACACGCUCCAGCACAGCUUCAGGAUGCCCAACUGGGGAGGAGGAAAGAAGUGUGGUGUCUGCCAGAAGGCAGUGUACUUCGCUGAGGAGGUGCAAUGCGAAGGCAACAGCUUCCACAAGUCCUGCUUCUUGUGCAUGGUCUGUAAGAAGAACUUGGACAGCACCACCGUCGCCGUGCAUGGAGAGGAGAUCUACUGCAAGUCCUGCUACGGCAAGAAGUAUGGCCCCAAGGGCUAUGGAUACGGACAGGGAGCAGGGACCCUGAGCACUGACAAGGGCGAGUCUCUGGGAAUCAAAUAUGAAGAGGGCCAGCCCCACCGACCCACCAACCCUAACGCAGCCAGAAUGGCCCAGAAAGUCGGAGGUUCUGAUGGGUGCCCUCGCUGUGGGCAAGCGGUGUACGCAGCCGAGAAGGUGAUUGGAGCUGGAAAGUCCUGGCACAAGUCCUGCUUCCGCUGCGCCAAGUGUGGCAAAAGCCUGGAGUCCACCACCCUGGCAGACAAAGACGGGGAGAUCUAUUGCAAAGGUUGCUACGCCAAGAACUUCGGUCCCAAGGGCUUUGGCUUUGGGCAGGGCGCCGGGGCGCUCAUCCACUCGCAGUGAGGCACCGGGACCAGGCUCCCCGCUGGCCCAGGGCUGGUCCGUGCCAGCCUCUGCUGCCCGACCCUGCCCGCACCCGCCGUCAGCAUCCUCACCAUCGUCAGUAACCACCCGCUACUUCUCAGCACGAGCCCCUUCCUCCCCGCCGUGCCCCAGCGCACCCCGAAGCUGCGGCAGUCCCAGCGUCGUCCCCACGGGGUCCUGCUGGCGCGGGGGGGGGACAGCUCACACCCACCCGCGGCGAGGCCCCCGCGCCCCAAACGUGCUGCUGCUCCGCGUUGCCCGUCCCGCCGGGAUGCGUGCUCAGCCGCGCCGUGCCACCCAGCAAGCAAUAAACAUCAAAGCUGACCGAU